GGCAACUUACCUGGUGAAGCUCCUUGAUCUAAAGUGUUGGGUUGCAGCAGAAGGAUGCUCUAUGUUUAUAGGAAAUGUGCUUCUGUGGAGGAGGCGGAGCCACGAAACUACACACCAUCCCACGCCUCGUCUCCAGGGAUGACAUAACUGGCCCCACUCUAGAACAAUCAGCUUCCUGCUUUGAUGAUGAGAAAUCCCACCCAAGAUGCUAAAAAAAGCAAUGCUCUGGAAGUUUCGGCCCCAACUUCCUUCUGGGGUUGUAUUAUCAGCCUUUCAGAGGGCCACACUAUAAAAGACUCACCUGAGCAACAGGAGCAUCAUCCUGCAACUCCAGCAGAGAGAGACUGAGACGAAAAAGAGAGACUGAGAGGAUCAAGAACGAGAACGAGAAAGAAAACUUGACCAACUUCAACCUUCAAGCAACAUUUCAACCACAACCUCAACCUCAACCUCAACCUUAACCUCAACCUUAACCUCAACCACACGAAGACAACAUGCUCUCCAACGUACAGAAAUCCUUCAGACCCCUGAGCAGCAACCUGACCAUGGUCAGAGGACUCCAUAAAUCAGCGCUGGACGUGAUUGAGCGCCCAGCCCCGGAGGAAACCGUGACCAGCAGCUUUGGCAGGUUCAUCCAGGGCGUGCAGCCAAGCCAUCUUUCACCUAAGGUGAUCCAGCGCAGCAAGAGGAUGGUGCUGGACAGCAUGGGUGUCGGGCUGCUGGGCAGCACCACUGAAGUCUUUGACCUGGCUCUUCAGCACUGCCAGCACAUGUAUGCACCCGAUGACAUCAGCUUUGUUUACGGGCGCAAUGGCACCAAGCUCUCGCCAACCCUGGCUGCUUUUGUCAAUGGAGUAGCGGUUCAUUCCAUGGACUUUGAUGACACCUGGCACCCUGCGACCCACCCCUCUGGAGCCGUGCUUCCUGCCCUCCUUGCCAUCAGCGACAUGCUGCCCAAAAACAGCAAGCCACGUGGUGUGGACCUACUGCUGGCCUUCAACGUGGGCAUCGAAAUUCAGGGUCGCCUCCUGAGGUUCUCGAAUGAAGCCCGUAACAUUCCUAAAAGGUUUCAUCCUCCAACUGUCGUAGGCACCAUGGGCAGUGCCGCCGCCUGUGCCCGCCUCCUUUCCUUGGACCCGACUCAGUGCAGUAAUGCCCUGGCAAUCGCAGCUUCCCUCUCGGGUGCGCCAAUGGCGAACGCAGCCACUCAAUCCAAACCCCUCCACAUCGGCAACGCAUCUCGCCUGGGUCUUGAAGCUGCCCUCCUGGCCUCUAGGGGUCUUGAAGCCAGUCCUCUGAUUCUGGACGCCGUGCCCGGGGUCGCUGGCUUCAGUGCUUUCUACGAAGACUACGCUCCUCAACCUCUUCCAUCUCCAGAGGAAGUGGAGAUGCACAGCUUCCUGUUAGAAGAGCAGGACAUGGCCUUUAAGCGAUUCCCAGCUCACCUCGGCAUGCACUGGGUGGCUGAUGCUGCUGCCACUGUCCACAAGGCCCUGAUGGACCUUCCCAUAAGAAGCAUCUCCCCAAACAUGGUGCAGGACAUCCUGCUGAGGGUACCGCACUCCAAAUACAUCAACCGACCCUACCCAGAGUCCGAGCACCAGGCGCGCCAUUCCUUCCAGUUCAACGCCUGCACCGCCCUGCUGGAUGGGGAGGUGACGGUGCAGUCCUUCCAGAAUGAGGCGGUCCUGCGUCCUGAGCUCUACGAGCUUCUGUCUCGCGUCAGAGUGGAGCAUCCUCAAGACAACCCGGCCAACUUCAACCGCAUGUACGCCGAGGUGGAGGUGACCCUGGUGAGCGGAGACGUGUUCAGAGGGCGAUGCGAUACCUUCUACGGCCACUGGAGGAACCCUCUCAGUGAGGAGAGCCUGAAGAAGAAGUUCCGCAACAACGCCGGCGCAGUGCUCACCCCCGACAGGGUGGACGCUCUGGUUCAGGCUGUGGACGAGCUGGAGUACCUGGAUGACUGCACACCACUGCUGACUCCACUGCAGUAAAACAUCACAACAACCCAACAACUUUAACAACCCCAGCCAUUUAUUAUUUUUUUAUUUACUGUACUUUCGCUUGAAGGACUUUUAUUUUGCUUUCCUCCCAAAUACUGAAAUACUGAAAUGAACUGUGAUUUACAAUGUAAACUUUAAAAGGAUUUAUUUACUAAAUUAAUAAUUCAUUGCUUAAAUUUAAAUUUAAAUUUUAAUUUAAGUUUAAAAUGUUUUUUUUCUGUUUCUUUUUCUGUUCCUAAUGAAGGAUACUAGAAGUGUAGCUAUCUGCAGCUAUUUUUCUGUUUCUUUUUGUUGUUGUUAUUAUUGUUAAUAAUAAUGAUAAUAAUCGACAAGUCAUACAAGUAACUGAUACAGUACCGUAUUUACUGGGAGGGAACAAAAGUGUAAAUGUAAAUAUACUGAAUGCUAUUUAAAUGUUAAAAUGUUGUAAUUAAUAAAUAUAUAAUUAUUUAGCUCUCAUCAGGAGCUCUUUAUAUAUUAUGUGUAUAAAUUUAAUAUUAUGUAAUUAUUAAUGUACUUGUGUGUGUGUGACAGCAGUGUGAUUAAGGCUACUUUUUAAUGAGCCAGAAUAAAAACACUAAAUAAAAUUAUUCAUUCAUUAAUUAUC